UUCUUUCUUUGUGCAUGAAGCCCCAUUCAUGACAGCAUUGAUGAGUGGUUGUUUGGUGAAAGCUUAAUCACUCAUUCACGAAUUAUCAUAGUAUUAGCUCUGUAUAUGGGCUUCCAGUAGGACUUCAUCUCCUGUCUUCCACAGUUGUAUACUUCAGUGUUGUUGUUUCUUUGGACAUGGGGAGGGGGAUAGAGAUGGCCAGUGGUGGCAGUGACGGUGUGGAAGUGGAGGAUGGGUGGUCUAGAGGCAGAGCUCAUGAGGGAGGAACUUACUUGGUGUGGGAGGAUCUCACUGUGGUGCUGCCAAACUUCGGGAAGGGACCCACUAAGCGGUUGCUUCAGGGGCUAACUGGCUAUGCUGAGCCUGGUAGGAUCAUGGCCAUUAUGGGUCCUUCUGGCUCUGGGAAAUCCACUCUUCUUGACUCUCUAGCAGGUAGACUCUCAAGAAAUGUGAUAAUGACUGGAAAUGUUCUUCUUAAUGGGAAGAAGAGGAGGCUAGACUGUGGAUUUGUUGCUUAUGUGACCCAAGAAGAUGUACUGCUGGGAACGCUCACGGUUAGGGAAACCAUAACAUACUCAGCACAUUUGAGGCUUCCAACUAGCAUGACCAAAGAAGAGAUUAAUGGGAUUGUAGAUGGAACAAUCAUGGAAAUGGGUCUACAAGAUUGCUCUGAUAGAAUGAUUGGGAACUGGCAUUUAAGAGGUAUAAGUGGUGGAGAGAAGAAGAGAUUGAGCAUUGCCCUUGAAAUUCUUACGCGUCCCCGUCUUUUGUUUCUUGAUGAACCUACAAGUGGCCUAGACAGUGCCUCAGCUUUCUUCGUUAUACAAACACUUAGAAAUGUUGCUCGCGAUGGAAGAACUAUUAUCUCCUCAAUUCACCAACCAAGUAGCGAAGUUUUCGACCUCUUUGAUGACCUUUUCUUACUCUCUGGUGGUGAAACAAUCUACUUUGGAGAAGCAAAAAAGGCUUUAGAGUUCUUUGCCGAAGCGGGCUUUCCAUGCCCAAGCAGAAGGAGUCCUUCUGAUCACUUCCUUCGUUGUAUCAAUUCAGACUUCGACAUUGUAACAGCCACCCUCAAAGGAUCUCAAAGACUUCGUGAAAUCCAGCAAUCAUCAAAUUCUGUCAUGGAAUUGGCAACAGCAGAGAUCAAAGCAAUUCUUGCAGAUGAGUACAAGGGCUCAAAGUAUCAAAGACGGGCAGGGGAAAGGAUUCAGGAAAUAUCAACUUCUGAAGGACUUGUGCCUGGAUCACAAAGUGGGAGCCAAGCGAGUUGGUGGAAGCAACUUGUCACAUUGACACGGCGAUCUUUUCUGAACAUGUCUAGGGACGUUGGAUAUUACUGGCUGAGGUUAAUGAUCUACAUAGUAGUGUCAAUUUGUGUGGGUACUAUCUAUUUUGAUGUUGGCACUAGCUAUACUGCAAUCUUGGCUCGGUGUGCUUGUGGUGGAUUCAUAUCAGGCUUCAUGACCUUCAUGUCCAUUGGAGCCUUCCCGUCCUUUGUCGAAGAAAUGAAGGUCUUCUAUAGAGAAAGGCUCAAUGGGCAUUAUGGAGUUGCUGUGUUUAUACUAUCAAACUUCUUGUCUUCAUUCCCAUACUUGGUGGCAAUUUCGGUGGCUACAGGGACUAUUACAUUUUACAUGGUGAAGUUUCGGUCUGAAUUUUCUCAUUAUGUGUUCUUCUGCCUCAAUCUUUUUAGCUGCAUUGCUGUUGUUGAGAGCUGCAUGAUGGUUGUGGCUUCAUUAGUCCCAAAUUUCUUGAUGGGAAUCAUAACUGGGGCUGGACUUAUUGGAAUCAUGAUGAUGACUUCGGGAUUCUUCCGUUUGUUGUCUGAUCUUCCCAAGCCUUUUUGGCGCUAUCCCGUUUCAUAUAUCAGUUAUGGGGCAUGGGGACUACAGGGAGCAUACAAGAAUGACUUGAUUGGGCUGGAGUUUGAACCUCUUAUAUCUGGUGACCCCAAACUGAAGGGUUCAGAAAUCAUCACAAACAUGCUCGGAAUUCCACUGGAUCAUUCCAAGUGGUGGGACUUGGCUGCUUUAUUUAUCAUUCUCAUAUCUUACAGACUCAUCUUCUUCCUCAUCCUCAAGUUCAAGGAAAGAGCCUGGCCAUACUUUCGGACACUUUACAGCAACAGAACUCUGCAGCAACUUAAUCGCAGGCCUUCAUUCCAUACCAAGCCUUCUUCAUUUCCUUCAAAAAGACACCAGGCCCUCCGUUCACUGUCUUCUCAAGAGGGUCUCAGCUCCCCAAUCGCCUAGUGUGACAUAUCUAUACUUUACAAGCUAUAACCGUUAUCUGGCGGUUUGUUUGUAUUGAUUAGUUUAUGAGCUUACUAUUUAUUGCUUGUAGAAAGAUAAUCUUUCUUGUAAACCCCAUAAAUCUCCCUGUUAUUACACCAUAAAUCACAGCCCCUGGGGUACUGGGGGGUGUUGUGCCAAAGAAAAUCUGGUGAUCAAAACUCCCAGCCUGUGACCAAAAUAGAACAAAGAUACAAAGUUGAUUACUUCUAUAUAAGAGACACGUGUUGAUGUUUGUAUU